AUGGGACAUGAAGUAGAUCAAUGCCCACAUAUCAGUAACUACGAAGCAUGCUGGAAAUGCAACGAAACAGGACACAACCCAAUAAAUUGUAAGAAUGACCAAACUUCAAAACAAAACAAAUGUGAAAAUUGUGAGAAGAUUGGACAUACAAUGCAACAAUGCCCGGAAGUAAUAUGCAGAAAGUGCAAUAAUAUGGGCCACCUCGUAAAAGAUUGUAAAGCAGGAGAAAUAAAAAAGUCCCUAUACAAAAUAUGUGCUAUCUGUGAAGAAGUAGGCCACGAACAAGACACCUGUGACCAAGUAAAAAUCAUGUUCACAGAAUUCAAAGCUAAACAGAAAUUUAAGUGCCAGUAUUGUGAAGAGACAGGCCACACAGCUAAGCCCACUCCUAAAAACGCAAUCGCAGCAAGUUCAACAAACCCAACACCUAUCAUAUAA